CGUAAAGCGCGGCUUAUAAGGAAACAGCCCAUUGAAGGUGGCAGGUACGACCACACUUCUUUAAAUCGAGGACGUGCGUUUGUAUCCCCUGCUGUUAUGUUUUUGACGAAAUGGAUUACACUUGUGAUGAUUCUGCUGGGCAAAAACAAUUGCGACGGAUGGACAACAAAUUUAGCUCCUUUUUUCGGCCGUCCAAGCCAAAGCGAUGUCACUCGGAGCCGACAUCCCCACCAUCCACCUGCGGUCUUUCCACCGCAUCACAGCCCGCUUGCGGCUGGUCGGCCUUCGUGGUUUACCCAGUGGUUUGACCACAGGCAUGCUGAGGAGGCCAAGUCGCUGCAGACGAUUUCUCGCCCACCAAUGAGUCCCACUGGUAGUCUUGCCGCAAAAGCUCGGCGAGGUAACACACCUCUACCAAGCACGAGCUUGCCCACUUCGAAUCAUACCAUACGUCUUCGAGGAGGAAGGUUGCCGCACGAGGGCUUCCUGGAGGUGAAAAUCGCAGGGAAGUGGCAGUCGCUGUGUGGUGACGCGUGGAACCAACGACUGACAGCAAUGGCGUGCACCGAAAUGGGCUUCAACAGAGGCGGAGAAUACGUACAAAGGAAAUAUCCCUGGCUGACAGCUCGACAUGGUUUUGACGUGGACUGCCCGAAGGAGGUGACCAAUAUGGCACACUGCACCAUUAGAAGAACUAUGUGCACCAGCAUGCGGAGAAUCAGGCUUUCCUGUAAUCGCGAUCCCGCGUCCGCCUGCAAUCCGGGAGAGCACCCGUUCCAAGGUAUGUGUCACCUAGUGAUUGGGACGCCGAGUCUGACACACGCGGAAGCCAGGUCCUUUUGUGAAUCGAGGGGAUCUCGACUUGUCAGCAUCAGUUCCAGUGCCAAGAAGAACUUCAUGUCAGAAUUGUUGCUAGCCCUUCAAAAAGGACUCGACCGCUGGCACACUGAUGGCAUUCGAAUCAACGGCGUCUGGAAGUGGGAGGCGAGUAACCAGGUGCUCACACCAGACCGGCCAUGGCAACUCCACAAUGCGGUUCUCCCGGCUGCACCAGAAUGCCUCAUUCUGGAAAGAGUGUUCCCAGAAAAAUUCCGCGGAACACCGCUCGAGGAGGUGCGCCACAUGUGGAACACAGCUCACUGUUCAGAGAGGCUGCCAUUCAUAUGCGAGAGAGCGACCUUUCCGAUAGGUUGUCGUAAUCCUGACGGGGCAUACUUUGGCUCUGCGAACGUUACGGAGACUGGAAAGCCUUGCCUACAUUGGGGAGAUCCUUGGAAUGGCCCUUCUGUGAGCAGACACUACCCCCAAGCGUACCAGGAAAUGAAAUUGCACAAUCACUGCCGUUCGCCCGAUGGUGACGAUACGCCCUGGUGUUUUGUGAGUGAAUCAGAAUACGAACACUGCGAUAUACCGGAGUGCUCGCUAGUUCAAAGUCCAAGCGUUGCCAUGGUGUUGUCGAAAUGUGCUGACAAUGAAUUUCAGUGUAGCCCUGAACAAUGCAUCCGAAAAGAGUGGAUCUGUGAUGGCGACGUAGACUGCCAUAAUGGAAGGGACGAAGUGAACUGUGAACGUCUCCUCGAAAUGUUUCGAAGGACACCUAUGACUAGAAUGAGCAGCUACGAGGCAGCAAGGUAUUUUUCUGCGAGCGUCACAAAGUGCGCGGCCAAGUGUGUCUACACAGCAGCGUUCACCUGCCGAUCCUUUAGCUACAUGUCGUCCGGCAGCCUUUGUAUACUUAGUGACCGCAACGUGGCUCAAACGGGUUCGCUUGUUGGUGACCCUCGGUUUGACUAUUACGAAAGCACGACUUACUCUGACAACUGCACCGGCAUGUACCGCUGUCGCAACGGCAAAUGCAUCGAGAGACAACGUGUGUGUGACAUUGCCAAUGACUGUGGCGAUAGGUCGGACGAAACCAACUGCCUGACCCGGAUGAGCUUCGAGGUGCGCCUUCGUGGUGGAUCCCAAACCUUGCUACCACUAGCUGAAGGCCGCGUGGAGGUCAAGGUUCACGAUCAGUGGGGUCUCGUCUGCGACGACAACUGGGACACUGAAGCGGCCAACGUUGUGUGCAGAGAGCUCGGCUUCCCUUUGGGUGCCAUCGAGGCAACCAAAGAGUCACAGCACGGACUACCAGCUGAAGACGGAAUCGCUGAAAUAUUCAUGGAUGACGUUUUGUGCGUCGGCAACGAGACAUCGCUGGCUCACUGCUCCUUCCCCGGAUGGAAAAAGCACAACUGUUUUGUUAACGAGACGGCGGGAGUGCGAUGCAGAACCAAAGCGUGCGGGCAGUCUGAGCUGGAAUGUUCCGGAGCCUGCAUCCCGUACUACCUUGUUUGCAACGAGCAAAGAGACUGCGCCGACGGUGCAGACGAAGAGUUCGAGUGCGAAAGUAAGCUGGCCAUCCGGCUCAUGGGAGGACCACACCCGCUCUCGGGAAGACUGGAACUGCGCAGACACGGCAUAUGGGGCACAGUCUGCGCUGAUGGCUUCGGACCAGUGGAGGCUCGCGUGGCGUGUGCCAUGUUGGGCAUAGCUAAUGCCAGCGUCACCGUGCUCGGAGGCCUCCCCUAUGGUCCUGGAAAAGGUCCUACUUGGCUGGAAGAUGUGCACUGUUUGGGCACGGAGAGUUCUCUGGAAGAGUGUCGCAGCAUUCCUUGGGGAUACAGCGACUGCAGUCACAAUAAGGACGUGGCGAUCACGUGCAGCUCGUACCACGAGCAUCCCGAGCCACCGAGUAUUACCUCAUAUAGGCAUACCUGCGGAAUGCCAAAGUACCAGCCCCGAAUGGACCAGGCAUCUGUGCUUUUCCAAUAUCACACGAGCAGGAACAGAAUCCUGCAUCAGAACUUCCACUCAGCCAGGUCACCGAGAAGACGCAUCACCGGGCGCAUUGUUGACGGCAUACCAGCCCAUUAUGGCGCCCACCCUUGGUUGGUGGACGUGCGUCUGCGCGACCUCUCAGGGGAGACACUGCACUGGUGCGGAGGCACCAUCCUGACCCACGACUUGAUUCUUACUGCUGCGCAUUGCUUCAAGUUUUCGCCGAACGUGUCACAACUGGUCGUGCGCGUGGGACAGUACAAGCUCUACGCACCCGACCCUUACGAGCUCGAGUUCCAGGUCGAGGCCAUGCGUGUUCACAGAGAUUUCAAUCCAGACACCUUCUACAACGACAUCUGCCUGCUGAAAAUUCGCACUACUGCGCAACACCGCAUAUUAUUCAACGAGUACGUCAAGCCCGUGUGUCUACCGACGAAGCAAGACACCUACACUGGCGGCAGCUACUGCAUCAUUGCCGGCUGGGGAAAGACCUUCACCACUCAACGAAGGCAACCUCGGUCCGCCGUGCUUCAGACAGCAGCAGUGCCAUUGUACCAACCCGGAGAAUGCGAACAGCCUUGGGUGUACGGAAACAGAAUACAGCGGGGCAUGUUCUGCGCGGGCCACGUACAAGGCGGGAUGGACGCUUGCCACGGUGACAGCGGGGGACCGCUCAUCUGCCGCUCCGUCACUGGUCUACGCAAUUUUAUUUACCAUUGUCCGUCGUUACGCAGUGUUCGGUAUCAUCAGCUGGGGUGAAGAGUGUGGCCUACCUAACCGUCCGGGUGUGUACGUGAAAGUGCAGGACUACCUGGACUGGAUCAUGAAGACUGCUGACGAGCUCCAGCACUACAGAGCUUGAACCACGCAACAGUGAACGGACAGAUCAAGAGAUCGAUUCGCAAUAAUCAGAUAGUGCGAGGACGGAGCCUCUAAACUUUAACCGCUUAAACAUUAAAAUUGUUCUGCGACAAAAUUUAA